CUGCAGAACUAGUUCCACCAUAAGGCGCGGAGAUCACGUCUUCCAGAGUGAGUACCAGCGACUUUGCUUUCGUAAGCAGAUUCCCCUCGCUUUCGUCGGACUGCUGAUCGUCUGUCGAAGAGUUCAUACCGUCGCAAGCCAGGUAAUCACAGGACUCGUUGGCCCUGAAGUGCAUACAUCAUGGCCACCCAACUCAUUACCCUGUCGGAGGUGGAACGGUUAAGUUCAUCGGUGCUGAGAAUACUGGGCGGCAAUCCGGGCAAGUUUACACUUCAAGGAACGAAUACAUAUCUCAUCGGUCGAGGUCACCAACGCAUUUUGAUCGACACGGGCGAGGGCAGGCCAUCGUGGGCAUCUCACCUCAAAGCCGUACUUGCUCAAGAAAAUGCCACUGUGCACCAGGCCCUACUCACUCACUGGCACCAUGAUCAUGUCAAAGGUAUCCCGGAUCUUCUAGAGCUUUGCCCCAAUGUGACGAUCUAUAAGCAUCAACCGGGUCCUGGUCAAAGCAGUAUCGAGGACGGCCAGGUGUUCAGCGUGGAGGGCGCAACCCUGCGUGCGUACCACACGCCGGGCCAUACCGUCGACCACAUGAUGUUUGUCUUGGAGGAAGAGGAUGCAGUGUUCACGGGCGACAAUGUACUGGGACAUGGGACCAGUGUUUUCGAAGACCUGGGCGAGUACAUGGGUAGCCUACAGAGGAUGCAGCAUCGGGUUGCUGGCCGCGGGUACCCCGGUCAUGGGGCGGUGAUUGACCAUGCGACGUCCAAGAUCUCCGAGUAUAUCAAGCAUCGACAGCAGAGGGAGGAUGAAGUGAUCCGGGUCCUACGACACGGCCAGCUUGAGGUCGCUGAUGGGGAACCGCCUAUCCACCCGAAAACCUUCUGGACCGCCAUGGAGCUGGUGAAAGUGAUUUACAAAGACGUCCCGGAGAACCUGCAUUUACCGGCCUGCCAUGGCGUACAGCUUGUGCUACAGAAGUUAGAGGACGAGGGUCGAGUGGUUCAUGACAGGGAUCUGGAUGAAUGGAGCCUGGAGCGUGGCAAAUCCCCGCUUUGACUCUUGUGAGAAGGAUUGGGAUUCGUUGUACUUUCUUUGCUUUUUGUCUUCUUUGAUUUUAUCUUUUCAGUGACUGUGGGAAUGCCGGGAGCAGAAUCAUAGAGAUACGAGGUAUAUGUAGUUUUGUUUCGGGAAUUCUAGGAACCAAUAUUAGUAUGAAA